CUUGAUCUGGUGGCACUACUGCUUCUGGGUUCGCAGGAAGUGGCAGCAACCUGUGGAGAGCAGAUCCACCGGGAGGUGCAGGAUUACUAUGGCAAAGAGCUGCAGAAGACAGAGGACCUGAAAACCAACGCAUGCAUCACCUCGAGCAAGCCCGUUCCCGAGGUGGUAAGAGAUGCUUUGGAGCGUGUCCAUGAGGAGGUGGUGGCCAAGUACUACGGGUGCGGUCUGGUGGUCCCCGAGUGCCUGGCGUCCUGUCGGAUCCUGGACCUGGGCAGCGGCAGCGGCAGAGACUGCUACCUGCUGAGUCAGCUGGUUGGGGAGCAGGGCCACGUCACCGGCAUCGACAUGACCGAGGGCCAGGUUGAGGUGGCGAGGAAGCACAUUGCCUACCACAUGGAGAAGUUUGGCUACCAAAAGCCAAACGUGGAGUUCCUCCAGGGCUACAUGGAGAAGCUGGGUGAUGCCGGACUGGCUGACAACAGCUAUGAUGUUGUCAUCUCCAACUGCGUGAUCAACCUGGCCCCUGACAAGAGGGCUGUGCUGCAGGAGGCCUACCGUGUGCUGAAGCCUGGAGGAGAGAUGUACUUCAGUGAUGUCUAUGCCAGCCAGUGCCUGAGUGAGACCAUCCGGAAGCACAGGGUGCUGUGGGGAGAGUGCCUGGCGGGAGCCCUGUACUGGAAAGACCUGUACAGCAUCGCUGAGGAGGUGGGGUUCAGCCCCCCAUGCCUUGUCACUGCCAGCCCCAUUACCAUUGGUGACAAGGAGCUGGAGAGCAUUGUUGGUGACUGCUGCUUUGCCUCUGCGACUUUCCGCCUAUUCAAGGUGCCCGGUAGCAGCCGGGCUGGGCCGGGCCGGGUCACUUACAAUGGUGGGAUCGUGGGGCACGAGCGAGAGCUGGUGUUUGAUGCCAACUUCACCUUCAAGGAAGGAGAGGUGGUGGACGUGGAUGCUGAGAUGGCUGCGAUCUUGAGGAGCUCCAGGUUUGCGGACAAGUUCCUGAUCCAACCUGGUGCUGCACCGCAGGGCUGCAGUUGCAAGGCGGUCAAGGAGAAGAUCUGUGAUCCCUUCCAGCUGCUGGAGCAGCUGUCAACCCCGCGUCCUGCCUGCUGUCCUGGUGCCUCCUGUGGUCCUUCCUGCUGAGUGCCGAGUGAUGCCGCUGCACCGGAGGGUGCCAGUGGGGCAGGAGGAUGCGGCCCCAGCGGCGUGAGGCUUCCACCGGAGAACAAAUAAAUGGCCAAGCUUGAAA